GAUGACGGCUGCUAUAGCUCAUUUAUUCAAGGGCUGGCAUCCGGGAGGUACUAGCGAUGUAAAAUGGAUAUCAAUAGAACUAGUGUGUGAUGCUUACGUUGUUCAAAAAUGCUGUUUAUUUUUUCCUAAGAAAAUAUACAACACGUUUCACAGGAGUUGUCUAGUACGAGUGUGGAUAGAAAUUUUUGAAAGACGUCUUGUCUCAUACAGCAGGCUAAUUUUAUCACUGAAAAAUGGAUUACGUGUUUGGUUAAUUCGUGGUCUUUCAGCAGCCGUGAAUCGUCUCUAUUCCUUUUAAAUUAAUUUGUGCAUGUUAGAUGGUAAGUAAGGUUAUAAGCUUACAUUAUUCGUACUAAAGAGAUUUUAGCUGUCAAUUAAAUGUGUCAUCUUAAUUUUUACUUUGAGGUUAUGAGUAGGUCCACAUUAAAAACGUAAUCUGUGGCGAAAACCUGUAAGGCUGGCAAAUAUCUACUUUUCAAAAUGAUAGUUUUAUUGUUUCAUAGCAAAAUAGCCCUACCCAAGUAGAUCCAAGCUCAAUACAGGUGAUAAAAAUUAUUUUAUUAAUGUUUCAUUUAUUACACAGCACCCAGGGAAGAAAUUCUCAAUAGAUUUUAUUUCAAAAGCCAUAGUUUAGGACUUUGCCCAAAGCUGAAUGUGGAGAAUACCAAAUAAUUUAUUCCAAGGGUUUGAACAUCUUUAAGUGAGCAUAAGCAACGAUGAAGAUGGCAAAAAGAAUGGUAAAAAGCAAAUAGGCUUUUAUUAGCAAAAAAAAUAAACUUUGCAUGCGCCUCAUGCUUUUUCGUACAUUUCUUUACUGUCAUUGCACAACCACGACGUGAAACUUCCUAAUUUCUUGUACUAUUCUGGUGGAUGGAACACAAGAUAACAAUUUUCUAAUUCUUUGGAAAAUUAGAUACAGUCCUUUAGAAUUCUUAAACAAUGAACCAUGACUUUCAAUUUAAAGCAAGACAUGUUUGGAUCGAUCUAUGAUCAUCUUCAGUUGCAAGUAAUACUAUGAUUACUAUGAUUUGAAUUAACAAUAUAUGAUGGAGCAAUAAUUAUUAUUGCACUAACAUUACAAGUCGAUUGUGACUACAAGUUAAACUUAAUUUCCUUAGAAUUUAACUCCAAAAAAUCUAAUAAGCAUUUGAAACAUUGAACAAGAUGGAAUACAAGUGAUGAAUAUUAUUUCUAAGAGGGGUUUUAGCCACUGUUGUCAUCAUUGCUUAAGCUGACCCUAAUGUUUCAAUCAAAUUAAUUUUCUAAUCCUUAUAAAUGUAUGAGCAAAGGUUUCAUAACACUUAAGGAAGUAAAAAUCAGCAAUAAAAUCAAGUUGAAUUAAUUGUUGAUUUGUACAAUUUUUUUUUCCAUGUUCAUAGUUUUCUUUAUCAAUAAAUAUCGACAAAUUUGAGUAGUUUUUUUGGUCACUACCAGUGAUGUUAACUGGCUGGUAGGGAUUUGAAGUGAGUCAUUUUCAUUUAAGGGCAGCUGCAGCUUUUUGACAAACAUGACAACUGAGUUAUUGGAAAACUACUGAAUACAAUAAAAUGUGUUCAGCUACACUAAGAUUUUAUAUUAAAUUACUUUCAUAGUAUAUGGCUCAUUAUAAUAUUUAGUUACAGGAUUCAUAAGAAAGGUUAUUAGUUGGCAUACCCUGCGAGCAGUGGUUUCUCCAAUUUCUCAUAUUGUUAACCUUAAAAAACUGCACCUGAAUCUGCAUCUGCAUCCCAGUGCUUACAGUACUUUUUUAUUGUUUUGUUUUGCAAUACUGAUAAGUCCACAAUGCCCCUAGUUAUUACAUAUAAAGGAAAAAGCACAUUAAUAUUUUAAUUAAUGCUAAGAACAGUAUUAUCUUUGGCCUUGUGAUGUAGUCUCAUAAAAUCUCUUUAUAAUUGUAUCCACCAUGAUGAACAGCCAUAACCGUAAUAUUUUUAUCCAUCAAUUUUGUUAGCUGCUCUUGCCCACUCCAGUAUUACUAAACCUGUACUAUUUCCUUUCAUAUUCAGGUCAUCAAAUUAGAAAAACCUGCGUCUUGAAAUCCUUGCAGUUAUGACUGCUUUUGUUGACUCUAAUCGAAGAUCAAGAAAGAAGCUCCCGAAUAUCCCUCCAGAGGAGCUGGCCUUGCAUGGCAGAACAGACCCUGAAACAGCCAAUAGACAUCACGAGCUACCACCCGAGGUACAGGCACAAUUUAUCAAACAUGUUCACAGAAGAUCAAGGUCAUUGACAGGCCUAGAUACCAUGGAGUUUGAAAGGCAGCAGCAAGUAGAAGCUGAGAAAGAGAAUGUGGAACCAGUUACUCACCGGCAAAAUGUGAACUUGUCUGAAAAUAAACAGGAGGUUGUAAACGAAGAAGAAAUUCCUAACUUUGCAAGAUCCUUGCCAUCAACUCCAGGUACUGAAAAUCAGAAACAUACAGUUACUCUUAUUGGUACUUCAGUCUGAAACAGUCUUUUGGAUAGGUUCCCCUUUCUUAGUGAUAAUGAGAUUGUGAGCAGCUUGGCAAAGGGAUUAAAUGAAAGUUAGCUGAUUCAGACUCAAAAAACAUCUCAAAAUGGUCAACGGUGUUUACAGGAAACCCUGUAGUCAGCAGACUUGCCCCUUAGUAAGUCCUGAAAUUUUUUGAAAGCAAAACUACAUCAAGUGGCCAACGUCUGUUAAGCAAGACUAGCAGGGGCAUAGCCAGCUUUUUGAUUUGUUGUGUUGUAGGCCUAGCUGACAGUCGGUAGGAAUUUUAAAAUUUCCACAUAUCCUGAAAAAUGCUUGUUUAUAAUUCUGUUGAUUGCGCUCAUGACUAUAGCAUACACUGACCUUACCAUCACAUUGAGCUCAUGAGCUCUUCAGUUCACCCCAACAAUGCACAAUUUAUUACAAGUGGUAGAGUGAUCUUGUAUACCCAGGCCUACCGGUCUAUGGGCUGGCUAUGCCCAUGACUAAGAUGGAUCCAGUGGAAGGUUUUUACUUUAUGUGUGAUCUCAUUUUUGAUAAUGUUUAGUAUUUAAGUUAUUUUGGCUUGUAAAAAUGUAAACUGAAGGUCAAAUAUCCUUUUUUAUCCACUGCAAGGGUGGCACAGUGGUGAAAUAUGUUAUGUGGCCUUAGUUCAGCUCUCACUAGCCUGUUCCAGGCUCCGAGAUCGUGGUGGAAAGUCGUUCAGUAAUAAGAAAUGCGAAAAACGCGCGGGGGCUGGGGAGAGACAGGGCGGCGGAGCCUGUACGCAUUUUUUUAACGGCCUGUUCCGGUAUAUCAGCUCCUGAUAUACCCUCUGAUUGGUCAAUUGUGACAGUUAACAUCAUCACCUAGUAGCGUGGUCAUCAGUUUGUCAUCACCAAGAUGGCUAACGCGAAUCGCGCGUGUGAUCUUCAUGAAUCCCCGUUCUCUUGUGCUUUAGACAAGUCUCUGCGACUUGGCUCGCGGUAAAGAUGUUUUCGGUAUUAUGCCCACCGGUUUCAGCAAAACUUUAAUCUUUCAGCUAUUCCCACGCUUGGCUAAAGCUGCUCUAACCCUAGAAAACUCUACGAUAAUAGUCGUUUCGCCGCUGAUAUCUAUAAUGCGAGACCAAGUGGAACAACUGAAGAAGCUUGGAUUUUCGGCCGCAGCUAUUUGGCAUCGGUGAAGAGGGAGAGGAGGAUGAGAAGAAAGCGAGAGAAGGAAAGUGCGAAAUUGUUUUCGGUAAUCCGGAGUCCUGGUUGAUUACAAAGUGACAAUAACAAAACAGUCCAAAGACUGUUAUUUGUUAAGCUUAUUCCGCUGUUACCAAGGGAGAAACUACGCACUCCAGUCAAAAGACUCACACUAUUUUAAGAGAAACACUAUUAAGCUAGAGCUUACUGAGUCACAAUGCAAUUCUACUUUAGUUGAUGUAGCUUAAGUUUAAGCUGCACUUCAUUCUUAUAAUUCUGGAUCUGUAAUCACUAUCCGUGAUAAUUUAACAUUCUGCAAAGAAAACUAACGAGCUGGGCCCAGCGUGAUACAACAUUGCAGAAAAAUAUUACAUUAAUUCACGGACUAAAGAAAAUCACUUAGUUAGUCAGAUCCAGAAGGCACUUUGGAGAAAAUUAAAACCCUUAUUCAGCCGCAAUAAAAAGCUUUACGCUUCAAAAGAGGUCAAAGAAAAUGCUCUCUCAUCAGAGGGCAAUUCCUGUCGACCAGAAACAACUGCCACAGUAAAUCGAUAUGUGUGCCAUGACCUCUCAGUGUGAAACAAGUGGCUAAAGUCAAAUUUGCUCAGUGACAAUGUAGAACCUUCCAGAGCAUGACCUACCCAACAGAGGAAAAAACUUACCGCCCCCUUUUAUUGCUAUAAACUAGAGCCAAAAAAAACGGAUGCUCUCACAGGAUAACGAAUUCGAAGACAUAAAUUUCCACACGUCGCACAAGGAGUUUGCAUUGCGUGCAAUUCUCACGCGAGAAACUUGAGAAUGAUUGUAGCUAACUGAAGUGUUAACAGUUUUGACAGCCGAAUCCAGACGUGACAAAAAUGGGCGGAAGAGGGUCGGUAAAGAAAUGCUAACAGGCUCUCUCUCCCUUUUUUCCCGCUGCCACCGCCCCCUUUCCCAAGUCGUACGCGUCUUAUUUUCGCUUUGCUCGUUUUAAUACGUUCCCACUAUACUAUCUGAGAGCCUGGCACAGGCUAAGCUCUCACAGGCAACCUUAUACAUUUAUGUGGGUUGAGCUUGUUGUUGGUUUUUCGCCUUGCUCCAAGACAUUUUUCUCUAAGUAGUGAUCCAUGCAGUCUUCUCAAGAACUAGCCUUUGUGGACUUGCUAACACUAAAUCUUUUAUUAGUUAAUUAAGUGUUUAUUUAUAAAUAAUAUUAUAUGGUUCUUAGUAACAGGACCUGGUUAAGAAUGGAAACCCAAUCUUAUUCAUUCAUUACCUUCUUCUCACCUGUUCUAGUUACCAGUCGUAAAUUAAGUGAAAAUUUGUUGAAAACCACAGAAGAAAAAGAGGAACUUAUGAAGGAGCUUCGCUGGCAUUAUAAACAGUUUGUGAGGACCUCUAAAAAGAAAAAGGAAAAACAAGCUGAUGUAAGUAAGGAAGUGACAAACCAGGUAACAUUCAAACCCCAAAAUUGAAACUAUAAAAGGUACAUAAUAAUGUGGUAAUAAGAAGACAUGGUCAAUUAUGUGCAAAAGUUCAUAUAUUUGGGUUUGUUUAAAUUGAAGGCAAGUGUUGCUGCUGAAGACAAUAAAAGUGUGCUGAGUUUAGAAGGAAUAACUCUUAACAUUGAGGUACAGUGUAAGCCAUAUCAGUUCCUAAAUAUAGAACAAAAGAAAGAAUAACAUAUAUGUUAUUCUUUCAUAUUAUGACCUAAUGGAUUCUCUGGAAAAAAUAAAUCAAACUGUGUAAUUAUUCCUUUGAAAUCACAUUAUAAAUGGUGUAUGUUCAAGCCAAGUUCAAAAUUGAUUUCUUAAACCUUGAAAAAUUAUAUUGUAAGUACAGUUAGGCUUUCCUGAAAAGAGUUGACAGUGAUUUCACUAAUUCUUUUUGAACAACCACAAAGGUUAUUCAAGGACUUUUUCCCUUCUUUUUAUAGUCUAGCCCUCCAAAUAGUGCUUCUCUAAUCAGGACAAACCGGUGUGACCAGCCAAAAUGUGGCAAGCCUGUAGAAAUCCUUGAGCGUGUAGCUGUUGAAAACCAUGUCUUCCACAAGAGCUGUUUUGUUUGUGCCAUAUGUAGCUCUUGGUUGAACCACUUCAACUACUGCUUUGUCCCUGACCAUGACAAGUUCUACUGCACACAGCACUACCAGGAUAUUGAGAACGCUAGCUUUGGUUUAGGAGAGGAUAUUCGUCAUGCCAUGGGAAUUGGACCUGGUGUGCGGCAGCAGUUUAAGUUUACACCAGGUUUGUUAAUAAAGUGGUUUAACCCUUUCUUUAAGCCCCAAUAGUGAUCAGCAUCAAAUUUCUCCUAACAGUAUCACUGCCAAAUCAAAUAUACAGGUAAAGAGAACGAAUGAAAUGAUCUGCACUGAUGAAAAUUGUCCAAAUGUUUGAACAAAUUCUCUCAAGCAGUACAAUAAGGAAUAUAUGGAGAACAGUGAGGAGAAUACUCUUUAUGUUUAUAUUGGGGCUCUUAGGGUUGAAGCAGGUUCUAGUAUUAAAACAAGUGACCUUUCUCUAUUCUCAGUUCUCAGUUGGCAGAGUCCUUGCAGACAAAAACUGUCAGUCUAUCACUGUUAUUAGAAUCUCUAUUAAGCAGCCAGCAUUCAUUGAGUGGCCAUGCACUUGCCCACUAAAUAGGUUUUCAGAGUCUUUUAUCCUUUUUUAGUCUGAUUACAUGCCCUCCUGAAAAUUCUAAAUAAUUUACCUCAAAUAUUUUCUACCCUGUCUGAAGGCCUGAUCUAAACUUCGCCAUGACUGUUAAUUUUUGAUAUAUUAUUGUCACUAGAUGCAGUUGAUGGAACCAAAGAUUCCAAAGCAUUGAAUAAGACACAAAACUCUAUCAGGAUUAUGAAGGAGAAAAUUUCACUGCUUAGUAAACGAGGAAAGAAACUAGUGAAAAAAGAGAAAAAGCUCAGGUCUAAUCUUGACAAGUUUAAAGGUAAAAUUUUUUUAUUUUGGGGACCACUACUUAACAGUAUUUUGAAUAAUUUAUUACUUUCUUACAGAAAUUUGUUUUUACAUAUAUAUUUUACAAUUUUUAUUUCAAAAAUGGAGGAAAGAAAUUUAUUGUGAUUUUUACAUACCAUAAUUCAACCCUUGCCAGGGGGUAUAAUUAACCCUUUAAUUCCCAGUAGUGACCAAGAUCAAUUUUCUUCUAACAAUAUCCAAACACUGUCAAGAGAUAAGUUAGGAGAAUUAAUAAAAUGAUCACCCAAGAGGAAAUACCUUGAUCUCUUAUCAGAUUCUCUCAACCACUUCUUUAAGGAAAUGUAUGGAGAUCAGUUUGGAGAAUUUGUAUGUGGAUACUGGAGCUUAAAGGGUUAAUACAGUUGAACCUCUCCACAAUGGCCACCUUAGGGACAGAAGAAAGUGGCCGUUGUGGAGAGGUUGUUGUUAUGGGGAGGUAGGGGUGUAAUAUGAAAAAUUGUUUUUAGGAAGUACAACAUCUUUGUUAUGCCAAGUUCAUGCUUACUGUAUCCUAUAAAUGGUAAUGUAAUCAUAAUUAUAUAAUAUAUAAUUUUGUAAUUUUUUAAAUAAGUUUUUUAUAAUUUUAUCUGAGGAGUGCUGUACAUGCCGUGUGGUACAAAACUAAGUACUAAUAAAAAUGCCAAGUUGGAUCUCACGUUGACACCAGACAAACUUGAUUAUACUAUGCUCUAGUCCUUCUAUUGAGCACUCUGCCGAUAGGCGUGCAUACGCACCAACUGGUAAUAUAUACGUUGAAUAAUUUUUUUGAAUCAAAAUGUCUGAACGUGAGAAAAUAAGCAAGGUUUGCAACAUUCGCUAUAAGUAUCAUAUCACUGUCCGCCAUUAGUGGAGGUUCGACUGUAGUUAUUUCUUUUCCCAAGGCUCUGAUGCAGAAAAGCAGGCGUUAUGGUUGGAAUGGUUUUCUGCUGCGCAGGAUAAAAAUGCCACAGUAAGGAGAGAAACAGAACUUUCAUUUAAGUGAGUAGUAACUUAAGUGGUUGUUUUACUUUCCAUUUUACAACGAGAAAAAGGAAGAGAAGGAAAAUACAUUCCAUGCAUAUUUUAGGGCCAUUUAUAUGAGGCAAAAUAAGACGCCUCUUACAUAAGGCUCGUCUUAAAUAAGACACGAACUGUAGCAUUUAUACGAGCAUGUUUUAUCUAAGAUGAGAACAGUUCGUAUAAAUGCUUCGCGUCUUAUUUCUGUUCUUGACUCAUUUUCAUGUAAAUGUUGCCCAUGGCAACGGCAAUCCAACAUGGCGCGCCAAAAAUUAAGGCAUGUGUACUAUGCGUGUGCUUCUUAUGUAAGACGCGAAGGUCAUUUAUAUGAAGUUUUUCUCAUCUUAACUAAGACGCAUCUUAUCUAAGAACAGGUGUUAAGGGCUGUUCUAAAAUAAGACGUGUCUUAGCUAAGUUGCGUCUUAUUGUAGACGAAAUGAGCCGUUUAUACGGAAAGUUCAUGUCUUAUUUAAGACACAUCUGAUAUAAGAUGCGUCUUAUUUUCCUCAUAUAAAUGGCCCUAUUGUGCUGAAGUUCCAGGGAAGAGAGGAGUCAGUUAAGGCAAAUGUUUUUGCAGGAAAUUUGAAGCUAAACUGGUAUUUUCAUAGGGGUGGCAGAGAGGGGUGGGUGAAGGGUAAACCAAAAAGUCUUCCAGGGAAUGGAUAUUUUCUGAAACAAAACGUCAAAAUUAAGAUUAUAUCAUUUAAAACAUAAGCAGCUCUCAAAAAGCCUGUUUAUGCUGUUUACUGUUAGUAGGCACCACAGUUUCUUAGUGUUGUAGAUGUUUUACAUAAAACAAAAGAACCCUAACAAAACUAUCAACGCAACAGCAAAAAGGUGAGAAAUUUAGGUGGCAGUUUUAAAUAAUAUUGUCCCUACCUCCUAACACUUAUUAUUAAUAUUGUUAGUAGUUAUAGUUGCACAAGAAGGUGGCAAAUAUAAUUUUUGUGACCUUCAACAACAUGGUUAUUUACCAUGUACAUAGUGUGUAUGUUUUUAGGUCAAUAGUUUUUGUUUUAGUUGAUAUGAUCCACUACCCUUUGACCAAACAUAGGAGGAAAAACUUAGACAAGGUUAAAAUAAUAUUAGACCCAUCUUAAGGAAUCAAUCUCUAACAGAUUUUCUCUUUGCCAGGGUAAGGGAAUUAGAACUUGCAGAGAAGUAUUCUGAGCUGGAGAAAAAACUGAGAGAAUUGACAGAGAAGGAUGGUAAGUUAGGCUAGUACUUUUUCACUAAACAAAAUUAACUGUAAGUUUGGUCAUGGCCACCCUUUUUAAAAGCAUUACCACAAAUAAAAGAGCUAGUAGUUAAAAAAUUAUUUUGAAGGUAAUUCUACUGCUGUUGGUGGCAAUUGCAUUGGGGUUAAAAUCUCACUUGAAGGGCUGUUAUUUCAAUAAGGUAUAGGUCUGCUUUGUUUUGUAAAGUUUUUAUAUAUAUGUUACAGUUCAAAAUAAAAUUCAGGUUAAAAUUUUUUAACCUAGGUUAAUUCUCAUUUUCCUUUGUUUCCUAGCCCUAAUUAUUCGUGAAUAAGGGCUAGGAUCGAGACAAAAGAAAAUAAAGAAUCAACCUAGGUUAAAAAAUUUUACCCUGAAUAUAAUUUUGACCUGUAACAUUUUUGCCACGUGAACAUCUCCCAUAAUGCACCUUAUUUGUCCCCCAAAAUUUUGCAUAACCUUCGUUUUUCAUUUUUCCUGGGUAUUACAGCUGUCCUAAGAGAAAUUGAAAACAAUGCUUCUGCAAAAUUUUAGGGGGCAAAUAAGGUGCCUUAUUGGAGAAAGUGCAAGUUGCGUAUUUUGCUUAACCCAUUUGCUCCUGGAAAUUUUGCUGAAAAGUGCCUGCCGAGUCAGGGUGAGGCUAGUUGCACCAUUUUUUGAUAGCUUUCUGUUGAGCAAAAGCUUUUGGGAAAACUUUCGGAAAAGUAGGAUUAAGUGGAGUGAAGUUAAGUGCAGUGAGGUGGGUGGUGGAUCAGGAUUUUUAUUGAAAUGUUUGGGUCAAAUAAGUUUUUGCAUUUUUGUCUGGUCUGUUUUACUGAAUCAUGCUCAUUCAGGUAUGGUUUGAAAGAUCUCUUCCCUUGGAACAAGUUACACGAAGAUGACAAAGUUGUCUAUGACUGUCAAAACUGAUGAUGUUACAAUUGGUACAAUGGAUGUGUACCCACACACAGGCGGUUAGGGUUUAUGGGUUAAUGAGGAGAUUGGUUAAUGGUGGAAUUGCAUAGGAAAUUCAGCUAAAAUUGAUUUCUUGACCUGUCUUCAGCUAAAUGUGACCCCUCUCUUCCCUGUAACUAUUAACUAAACUAAUAUGAAGCUCUACAGUACUAUAUUAAGUACCUUGUCAGAAUUUGAUAGAGAGUUUAUAGUGUUCCAUUUUGUUUUAACAGAAAACACUAAGACAGAGUAUGACAAGUCUAAAGAGAAAGAGUUAUUACAAGAAAUGCUUGAGGUGGUUGAAAAAAGAGAGCAACUCAUAUCUGAUGUGGAGGAUACCAAGAAAAGGUUAAAAAUACUGGUAGAUUCAUUGUGUAAGACCAUGAUCAAGGUGUUAAAAACAAUUUUUUUUAGAAAUGUCGUUUGUACUUUUAGAUGGUGCAGUUUAUGUUAAAGCCUACAAGAGCAGAUGUUUUUAUCAUCUUUUGUUUCUGAAGCACGGCGGACAAAUUAUUAUAUAUAAUUUACUAAAAAUACAUGUCUCGCAAAUCCUCGCAAAUCUCCAAGUUGUGACCAGCUGCUUUUGUUUUUGAAUCUGGUUUUUCAGCAGGAAAGGUUUAACCAAUUUCUAUGGUUUUGGGCAUCCUUAAUAAAGAAUGGUGGAACUUUAAGAAAAUGUUAUUUAUUUUCUUGUAGGAAUAAAAAAUUUUGAGAUGUUGGCAUUUUUACAUGCGGCAAGUUGCAUGGUCAUGAUUGACUUCAAACCUACUAGAGAGUCCUAAGGCUUUCUUUGCUGAAGUUAGAGGAAAAUCCGUUGUAGGAUUUCAAAUUUAUUUACUUUUUUUGGAAAAAUGCGGUUUUAAAUAUAUGCCGAUAUCUCAAACAUUUUUAUUCCUACGAGAAAUAAAUGACAUUCUUAAAGUUCCAGCAUUCUUUAUUAAGGAUGCAAAAAAUCAUAGAAAUCGGUUAAAUCCUUCCUGCUGAAAAACAAAAUUAAAAAACAUAACCAACAUGCAUAUCAUUAUAAAUAGGCUUCAGCCACCUUAAAGUACUUGUUUCAUUUUGUCAGGUAUGUGGAGGAAGACAAAUUGCUGGAAAAAGAAAGGAGAGAAGCAGGUUAGAGUUUCCUUAGUUCCAAUAUAUAUAAUUCAUGUAUUCAUCACUUCAAUUAUUUUAAUGUUUGUUCACAACGAACCCACUUUUCACAGUUUGUGAUGUGUUCAAUUCUACAAUGAGCCCACAGCAUAGUUGUAAAAUUUGAAAUGGUUACAUGCCCAAAGUCAGUAGGCCGAGAACAGAAUGGGGCAUGAGCAAAACAUAUUAUAAAGCACUUAACAAUUGGGCCUUACUGCCAAGCGAACUCAAGAGACUGACGUCAAAAACGAUUUUUAAAUGCAAACUGAAACAGUUUUUAUUGAACCAUUUUGAACUGUAGUUAAGUAUUUUUAUCUUAGUUUUAAAUGAUUUUCAAAGAUUUUCAAACACUAUAAUUAAAGAGUUUUUAUAAAAUAAUUAACCUUAGUAUUUUUAACUUAAACCUCAGUUGUAUUAUUAUUCUUUAGCUUUAGUUUAGUUAUACUUUAAUGUGUUUUGACCUUUAGUCGAGAGGAUCCUCCUGAAAACCACUGUUAGGUGAUUGGAGGCCUCCUCUUAAAAUAUUUUUUUAUUUCAUUGUUAUUAUAUAAUGAAACACUGCUUGAAAAGAUAUCUUCACAGGUGAGAUCACCUUUUUGCUGUUGUUACAUAAUAAAUCAGGCCUUUUGCAGCAAAACAUACUUAAGUGAAAUGGUUUCUUGGUAUUUCAUUGGUGUUGAUAUAUUAAAUAAAGCAGGACGGCUCAGAGAUAUGAAAUUUCCUCUCUCGUGGCCAAGUAAAUUAUAUAUCCUUUAUUAAAUUAUGAUUAUUUUAAAGAUAAUUUUGAUAUAUAAAUUUCACUAAUAUAGUUAAGAUUAUUUUUUUCAAUUUUGGUCUAAGAAAUGAUAAAAAGAAACAAAACAAGACUAUUGCUACAGACAUGAAAUAAUAAUCCUGUCUCUUUUUUGUUUAUUCAGGAUUCAAUGAUCCGGACCUAAUAAGAGAGGUGACGUCUGCAAGUAGAGAUGCCCAGAAAGUGUCAGAAGCUGUCAGACAAGCACCAAGUACUGUAGCACAAUCAGAUUUGUGCUGCAUCUUGCUUUGA